AUCGGACACAGAAUCUUGGUGUAUCCUUAUUGGGACGUUGGACUACCCGAAGAGUAACUGUUUGUUGUUUCGCUGCGUUCGGGUUUCUCCGUAUAUAGCUGCCAAUAUUAAGUUUGGGCUUUCAAUCAAUCUGUAAAUGUAGAUUCUUGUACAGCUAUACUGGGUAAAAAUAUAAUCGAUGCACGUACCCGUCACUCGCGCAUCAGCUAGUGCGUCUUCUCUUGUAAUGUAUCUUGUUGUGACGCAGAAUGUGGCGCGAACACAAAGAUUCUAGUUGGACGAUACAGGAAAUCCGCUAUUGUUUGUCGCAUGUGCUGUUGUAAGUUUUGAAGUCACCUUCCAUGAUAUACGUUCACAUAUAACUAUGCGUGAUCUUAAUCGACGCAAAAUGAAAAUGUUUAUGCAUUGCCGUUGUUACCGACGCCAAAACCAAGCUAUAAAAAAGGAGACCUGGCUAGGCAGACUUUCCAUCAACCAUCACCACUGAGAACAAAACAAAAUAAUUCCUAGUAAGUGGGUACGCUGAAGCCAUGGCAGGCCGAGCUCUCACUCACACUCACUUCCAGCUCAUUGCCGCCAUCCUGGUGGCGCUCGUCGCCACAUGCCACGCCGGCAGCAUCGCCGUGUACUGGGGUCAGAACGACGGCGAGUCGUCCCUGUCCGCUACGUGCGCGUCCGGGAACUACAAGUUCGUCAUCCUCGCCUUCGUCUACAAGUUCGGCAAGGGCCAGACGCCGGACCUGAACCUCGCCGGGCACUGCGAGCCCGCGUCGGGCGGCUGCAAGUUUCUGAGCAAGGACAUCCAGUCGUGCCAGCGCCGCGGUGUCAAGGUCCUCCUCUCCAUCGGCGGCGGCGAGGGCAGCUACGGCCUGUCGUCAGAACAGGACGCCCGCGAAGUGGCCGCCUACCUCUGGAACACUUACCUGGGCGGCACCUCGUCGUCCCGCCCCCUCGGCGACGCCGUCCUCGACGGCGUCGACUUCGACAUCGAGAAAGGCGGCGCCAAGUUCUGGGACAGCCUCGCCAGGGACCUCAAGAACUUGGGCAAGAAGAAGGGCAGCAAGGGGGUGCUUCUGAGCGCGGCGCCGCAGUGCCCGUUCCCGGACGAGUGGGACAACGGCGCGAUCGACACGGGGCUGUUCGACUACGUGUGGGUGCAGUUCUACAACAACGAGCCGUGCCAGGUGAGCGCUGGCCGCGGCGCGUUCCUGGCGGCGUGGAAGAGGUGGCAGUCGGUGCCGGCGGGGAAGAUCUUCCUGGGCCUGCCCGCCGCCAAGAGCGCGGCGGGCACCGGGUUCGUGCCCGCCGCCCAGCUCACGUCGCAGGUGCUGCCGCUCAUCAAGGGCUCGCCCAAGUACGGCGGCGUCAUGCUCUGGUCAAAGUACUACGACGACCGCACGGGCUACAGCAACGCCAUCAAGAAACAUGUCUGAUAAUUUCCCGUAAAAUGCAGGCGCUGCUGCGGCUGGUUGCUUGCUUAUGUUCGUGUCACAACGUAUUACAGGGUCGUGAGAGAAUGCUGUCUGUAGUGCAGUGAAU